CUCUUCCACCGGCGGGAUUUACCCGGUAAGAGCUCUCCUGCUUCCUCCAGCCGCGUUAAUAAGGCUUUAAUGCCGGUUUCUGGAUCCACUUUAGUCAAAGAGUUUGUGUAUCUUCAUCCCGCGGGAACGGACCGGGACUCCCAGCGAUCCGAAGGUCAGAUGAUCAGCUGAUGGACCGGUAGCAUAUAUUCCUGUUCAGUCCUGUGGACGCAGAACACACACACAGUGUUGGAUGGCCGGCCAGUAGGAUGAACUCUCUGCCGUCCAUGGACAGACACAUCCAGCAAACCAAUGACCGGCUCCUCUGCAUCAAACAGCAUCUGCAAAAUCCAUCAAACUUCCACACGGCGGCGUGUGAGCUGCUGGACUGGUGUGGAGACCCACGAGCCUUCCAGCGACCCUUUGAGCAGAGCCUGAUGGGAUGCCUAACAGUGGUCAGCCGUGUGUCCAGUCAGCUGGGCUUUGAAAUGGAUCUGGGGUAUCGACUGCUGGCCGUUUGUGCUGCAAACAGAGACAAAUUCACCCCAAAAUCAGCAGCGCUGCUGUCCUCGUGGUGUGAGGAUCUGGGUCGGCUUUUGCUGCUGCGUCACCAGAAGAACAGACAAACUGCUCCAUCAGUGGGGAAACACAGCAUCAACAAUGUGAAAACACCACUCACACACGGUGAUGCAUUUCAAUACGACACUGUCUCCUGGCAACAAAAUCCCAAUCAGCCGUCGGGUUCUGUUUCCGUGGUGACCACCGUGUGGGGUGUGACCAAUACAUCACAAAGUCAGGUGCUGGGAAACCCAAUGGAGAACCCAAGCAGCCACAUGAACUCCAUGACAUGCGGGAAUGUGAGUCUGAACCCGGGUCCGUUCACAGGACAGCAGCAGUUCUCCUCUAAAAUGAACCCAAACUCAGCGUAUAUGCAGUACGGGAGAUCCACAUGCACUGCAGGAGGAGCAGGAUUCAGCAGUUAUGGGGGUGGUCCUACUUAUGCAGGUGGGAUGGACUUACCCUUACAGACACGCCCCCCUUCUGAUUUCAGCCAGCCAGCUGCUGCUGCUGCCGCUGCUGCUGUUGCUGCCGCUGCUGCCACUGCAACGGCCACGGCCACGGCGACGGUUGCCGCGCUGCAGGAGACGCAACACAAGGACAUGAACCAGUACAGCGCGGUGUGCUCCUCCUUCCAGAUGGGGUCAGGCCAGGCUUACAGCACUCAGUUUGUGAAGCCGUCAGGCCCUCUAGGGACCCCUGGAGCUGUGGUUAUGGGUCAGCCGUACGGGACGCAACUGCACAGGACCUGCUCUCGACCCACACAGCCCUUGAAGAGACCCUAUCCUGGAGACGGCAGCUAUGGGCAGCAGUUUGGACCAAACCCGCAGCUCUGCUCUCAGUAUGUGGACCCUGCAGCCUCCAGGGGCCCGUCCUUACCCCCGUACCCCUCACAGAGGACACCAGCGGUAGAUCCGCAGCUCCACAGCGCAGCCGCCGGGCUCUUAUACAAGGAGCCCAGUCAGAGCUUCAGCAAAGGCAGCUUCCACUGUUCUCAGACCAGCCUAAACACAAACACAUCUGCAGGGCUGAUGGUCAGUUUUCCACACUCUCCGCGGGCCGGAAACUCAACUCCUCCAGCUCAGAGUUUUCCAGCGUUUCUGUCGACAAACACAGACACCAAACCUGCAGACAUUAAACACAGCAUCAGCACUGCAGGAAACCCUCAGUCUGAGCUCCGCCUGACGUUCCCGGUGCGAGACGGUGUGGUUCUGGAGCCGUUCAGACUGGAGCACAACCUGGCCGUCAGUAACCAUGUGUUCCAGCUGCAGCCCAGUGUUUACCAGACGCUCAUGUGGAGGUCUGACCUGGAGCUCCAGUUUAAGUGUUAUCAUCAUGAGGACAGACAGACACACACUAACUGGCCGGCAUCAGUGCAGGUGAGUGUGAACGCGACACCUCUGACCAUCCAGAGGAGCGACACAUCCCACAAUCCCCUGCACCUGAAACAGGUGUGCCAACCUGGCAGAAACACCAUCCAGAUCACUGUGACGGCCUGCUGCUGCUCGCACCUGUUUGUCCUGCAGCUGGUGCACCGGCCGUCAGUGCGCUCCGUCCUGCAGGGCUUACUGAGGAAGAGGCUGCUGACCGCUGAACACUGCAUCAACAAAGUGAAGAAGAGUUUCAGCAGUGUGUGUGUGUCUGGACUCUCUGACACAGUGGAGCAAACGGCCGUCAGGGUUUCUCUAACGUGUCCUGUCACGUUCAGACGCAUCCGGCUGCCGGCCAGAGGACACGACUGCAAACACGUGCAGUGUUUUGACCUGCAGUGGUAUUUAGAGCGGAACUGUGAGUGCGGCACGUGGAGGUGUCCAGGUGUGCAAGUAAGAGUCUGGACGCACUGUGUGUGUGUGUGUGUGUGUGUGUGUGUGUGUGUGUGUGUGUGAGAGAGAUGCAGAGCUGAUGUGUGUUCCUUUCCUGCAGUAAACAGGCUCUGCUGGAGGGUCUGGAGGUGGAUCAGUACAUGUGGGGCAUCC